AUGAGAUUCAAGAAAGGGACUAAGGUGGAAGUGUUGAGCAAAGAUGAGGUGCCCUCUGGCUCCUGGCUAUGUGCAGAGAUUAUUCGUGGUAAGGGCCACCAUUACACUGUUAAGUAUGAGGGAUUUCAAGGUGAUACUGGUGAGGCAAUCGUGGGGAGAGUUUCAAGGAAAUGUGUAAGACCAUGUCCGCCUGCACUUGAACUCGCGGAGAACUGGACUCCAGGUGAAAUUGUAGAAGUGUAUCAGAAUUUUUCAUGGAAGAUGGCUACUGUUUUGAAGGUUUUGGGGAAAAAGUGCAUUUCUGUUAGGCUAGUUGGAUCUUCUUUGGAAUUCCAAGUUAGCAAAUUUGACAUCAGGGUGAGACAGUCCUGGCAAGAUGACAAGUGGUUUGUGGUUGGAAAGGGCUCUGCUAGCUGUGAUAAUGGAAAGCGUUUUAGUGCGCAACUUCAGAAGAUAGAUACAAAGACAAAACUGUCAGCUUCCAUUUACUAUCAACCUGAAAAGAAAGAACUGAAUAAUCUGGAAUCCCGCCCUGUUUCUUUUAAAUCAUUGAAACGAGGACGCCAUUCACAAGUUGAGGCAUAUGCUGAACCUCUUCCUAAAUUAAGAGCAAUUGAGAAUGAAGGAAGAUGUUACAGAGCAAGAGUUAGAAACCUAUCCACACCACUUAAUCAUGUACAAAAUGUCAGUUUUCCAAGAGACGUGCCAGCUGAAGAAUGUAUACACGCUUCUGUAAACAACAGAAAAACUGGGAUUGUUGAUAUGGACAUAGAGAGGAGGAAACAAAAUGCUGCUGUGGGUUGUUCAUUUGGACAGAACUUCAAAUUAAACUGUCCAUUUGAAGAUCUAGACAGUCCAUACAGUGAUGCUGAAUCUACCUGCAAGAGGGGAUAUCUUGAAAGGACUUAUUCCCCUCCCACACGAAGAGAAUUGGCUACAAAAAUUCAUAGGGACAAGUUUGAGGCACAUAGAUGUUGCUUCGAGAUGUCUGCACAUGAUAUUGGUGCUUGCCACCUUUCUCUUGAUCUAGACAAGGGAUGCCAUGUACAUUAUGGCUCUUGA